AUGCCGAGCAUCGACGAUUCCCUCAUCGUCCAUGUUGGUCAAUGCGGGAUACAAGUUGGUGGGGCGAUGUGGAGUAAGCUCGCUCCACUACAUGGCAUGCUGUACUAUGACGAGGAGCCCCCAACACCCAGGGCAAUCCUCGUCGAUACGGAGCCAAAACCGAUGAGAACAAUGCGGUGCGAAGCCAGAUCUAGACAAGGACUAUUCUUCAGAGAUCAACUCUGUAUCGCAGACACUACAGCAAGGGGGAGAGGAGGGAGCUGGGCUAUGGGAUACGUCGAUAACGACCCGGAGUUCCUGGAGCAGAUUGAGGACACUUUGCGACGCGAGAUCGAGUACAACGAUCGUAGCUUGGAUGUUGUUAUCGUACAUUCGCUAGCAGGAGGAACGGGAGGCGGCCUUGGCAGUAGAGUGAUGGAGAUGGCCCGAGAACAGCUAGGAAGCCAUGGCCUACUCACUGCCCUCUCUAUUUCCAUCAACGAAGUUCUCGCUUUGCAACGGAUAGAAGAGGUUUGUGACUUCGGAAUCUUCGUCGAGAACAGCAGCUUCAAGGCUUCCUCUGUGGAGGAACUCAACAGCAGAAUUGCUGCGGCGAUCUUGGACACGCUGCAGAGCAGGAGUGGUCUUGGUCUCGACGAUUUCCAAUGA